AUGGAUACGAGCAAAUUGAAAGAAGAUGGGAUCAUUCCGGAUAUGGUUAGCACUGUCCCACCUGAGGUGGUACAGGUGAAAUAUCCAUCUGGAGCAGAGGUGAAGAUGGGGAAUGUCCUGACCCCAACCCAAGUCAAGGAUGUGCCUCAGGUCAGCUGGAAUGCUGAUCCACAUAGCUACUAUACCCUGGCCAUGACCGAUCCAGAUGCUCCAAGCCGCCAGAACCCCAAGUUCCGUGAAUGGCAACACUGGAUGGUGGUGAACAUCCCCGGGAACGAUGUGAGCAAGGGGAAGGUGAUGUCAGAGUACGUCGGAAGCGGGCCGCCACAGGGGACGGGUCUGCAUCGUUACGUUUUCUUUGUCUACAAGCAACCAGGGACCAUCAGUCCCAAAGAAAAGCAUCUCACUAACACUUCUGGGGAUGGACGUGCAAGCUUCAAGAUCGCCGAC